AUGAAGACCGUGGACAUUCGCAUAUUAUUCAUCUUGUCUAUUCAAAAUGCGCUAAUCAACGUGGCCUAUCAGCAUAAUUAUGACUACAACUAUCCACAGCCAGUCAGGGUCCACCCAAUGCUCCGCCCCCACCAGGCCAGCCACGCCAUCAACCCGGUGAUGCAGACGAAUUUUCAAGCUGCCGCUCCAGCUCAACUACCGCAUCCGUGGCUCCGCCCGUUCCGCUGGACGAUACUGCCCCAAAAUUUGUGCACCCCGGAGUUGAAAGUGAUCUUUGUGGUCCAUACCGCCGUGUCAAACAAGGAAAAGCGAGCAGCGAUCCGUGAAACGUAUGGAAAUAUGCAGUGGUAUGAGAAGUACAAAAUCCGAACCGUUUUUGCCACCGGUCGCUCUCUGGAUCAAAACGACGAGUUUCAACUGGAAAAUGAGGCUCGAAUGUUCAAAGACAUCGUCCAGGCCGAUUUCGUGGACCACUACCGUAAUCUGACGAUCAAGGGUCUCACCUGGAUGCGCUAUCUGCGAGAUUUCUGCCCGGAUGUGAAAUUAGUGGUGAAGCUGGACGACGAUUUGCUACCAAAUAUUUUUGGAGUGAUGGAGGACUUCAACAAGAAUUUGAUCAAAACGAACCGGACCUUCACCUGCUUGUUGUUUUACGGAAAAGUGAUUCGGGAGGCCAAUUCGCCUUGGUACGUCCCACUUGAAGCAAUGCCCGAAAACGAGUGGGGAAGGUACUGUACUGGGACAAGUUUUAUGAUGUCACGAGACCUUGUCGGGGACAUUAUUGGAGCUGUCGAAAAACGCCAACAUUAUGUUCCGGUCGACGACGCAUUCCUGACCGGGCCAAUAGGUCGUGAAGUCGGCGCGACCUACGAUUUUGAUACCUAUGCUUCAAAAUACGAGCUGAACGACAAGCACACCGAGGAGAAAAUGAUGGCCAAAAAAGUUUAUUUCGCGCUAUACCCCACCGUGUCUGCCUUGAGGAGAAUGUUUGGGGAGUUGCAAUUCAUCUACAAAAUGGCCACCGACCCGCCAGAUCACUUCAAGGGCUACCAGAAGAACGACCCAAAACCA